CACCACCACCACCAUCACAACGCCCAAUCCAUUCAUCCGGCUCGACCGCUUGGGCCAGCAGCUGGCUCUCCUGCAUCUCGUCCCGUACUCUGCAAGUGGGUGGCCUCUGCGUUUCCCGUGGCUUGCAUCUCCGCCACGCACUUUCUCUACUUUGUCUCCUCGGCCGUCUCCGUGCGCGCCCACGCAUCAACGCUCGUCUUGCAAAGAAAAACAACUUGACUCGUCCUCGCUGAGCUAGGUCCACACCAGGCUUGUCAUGCCGUCUGCCGUCGGCGGCAGACUGAGCAUCUGUACUAGGAUCGGAUCUGCUGGUGGCGACGGGAAUCAUCAUCAUCGCCCUCCUCCGACGACCUCCUCCUCUGAUCCUCCCGCAGACGUCUCGUGCGGCAACGACAACGACAUCAACAACGGCAACAGCAACGACAAGCCUCGACAUCUUAUGCCCUCCGCCGGGGACGCCGUCUGUGGGGCGGUCCGAUCGUGCCCAUGGGGCAGCAUGUCGGUGACUACGGAGCCUCUGCGGCAUGGCUCGCCGCCGCGGGCUCGCCGCCAGUGCGCAGGCAUCACCAGCAACGCGACUACAGCGAGGCACAGCUGCAGGCUUUUCGAGUCACCUCGGUGACAGUGGCCUCGCUCAGCGUCGUGGCGACGAUGCUGACGACUUUUUGGUUCCUGCGGAUGAGGCGUAGUUUCCGUCACGACCUCAUUAUUCUCCUUAUACAGAGUGACAUGCUCAAGUCCCUGUGGUUCGUCAUCUUCGCCGCUGCAGAGCUAACGCACGGCACCGUCGAGACCGCCACGCCCUUUUGCCAGAUUUCUGGCUUCUUCCUGACGCUGGGCAUCGAGGCGUGCGAUGUGGCCGUCAUCCUGUUCGCCCUGCACAAGACCAUGUACAUCUUCCGCGGCGGCAGCGGCCUCUACUCGUACAAGCGCGUCGCCUACGCCGCCUUUAUCCUCAUCCCGUUCCUUCUAGCGUCUCUCGCCUUCAUCAACAAGCCGGCCUUUGCCAACGAGGGCCCGUACUGCUACCUGCCGACCAAGCCGAGGUGGACGCGCAGAGUGCUCAGCUGGAUCCCGCGGACCACUGUCCUGGUUGGCAUCCUCGCCAUGUACUUGUCGACGUAUGUGUACUUCAAGCUCAUCCUGGGACGCUUCGCCAAGACGGGCACGGCUGGACGCAGGAGGGGCGUGGUGCGGGCACGACAGGAGGCGGAAGCGUCUCCGAGGCCACAAACCACCAUGUCGAUUCCGCCGACGCCCCCCAUUGCGUAUCACGGGUUGAUACCUCCAACGCCGUCGUGCGAUGGGGAGUCGGUCGCCAAGGACCGGAGGCCGUCCAUUUGGACCGUCGUGGGAAUCCCCCCGUUGUAUGCCGGGUCUUCGGUGUCCAUCUCUCAGGACAGUAUCAGGCGAGACGCGUCUUCGGAGAUUUCGACGCCUUACCAAGCUCGCAGCCGCUCCUUCUCGAACCCGUACUUUUCGCAGUUCCCGAGCGUCUUGGAGCUGCCCUCACUGAGAGGCAACGUCUCAAGCACGGCGCAGCCGGCCCAUCCCGCGACGCCAAGCAGCCCAGCCGCCGCCGUGAGGUCAAUAUGGGGCCGUCCGUUGACGAGAACGACGGCGAUGACGGGGGGCUCGCGGGCAUCCUCGCCGUCCAACGACAUGUCGAUGUUGAACCUUGGCUCCCGGGGCGCGGAUUCGAUGACGGGAAUCGUCGUUGGCGGGCCCACGACGCUGGGCGUCACCAGCACGGCCCAAGCGCGCGACAAGAUCCGACGGUCCCUGCGGCAGCUCUUCAUAUACCCGGCCGUCUACACCGCCGUGUGGAUCGUGCCCUACGUGUCGUUCCUUAUGGGCGCAGACAGACGCAAGGCGCCGUUCGGCAUGGUGAUGGCCUCGGUGACCAGCAUGUGCCUGCAGGGCGUCGCCGACGCGCUCGUCUUCUGCGUCAUGGAGAAGCCCUGGCGGCACCCGCGGCGGGCCGAUGCGCCGGCGUCGUCGUGCUGGAUCCUGCGGCGCCUGGCCGGGGCGACGGCGGGGGCGCCGGGCGCGUACGUGUACGGGCCCGAGGGCUCGUCGGCGGCCAAGGUCGGGCGCACGAGGGAGGAGAUGCUCGUCGACAGCAGGAUCGCCCGCCGCCGCCGCGACGAGGAGCUCGCAGAGAGGCGGCUUCAGCGCUGUGCGGCAGUGCGACCUGCGCGGCGGGAGUGGUGGGAUACACCGCUGCGCGACUGUCAGUGGGGAGAAGGAGGAGGAGGAGCCAAGUAA